AUGGCAGCUUCAUUCGUGGGUGGGGCAGCUCUUGGAGCUGUGUUAGGGGAACUCUUGAGAGCGGUUGUGAAGGUCCAGAGAAAGACCCUUAUGUUCAAACGCAUUCUAGAGCGCCUGGAAUCCACUCUAGAAGACGUUAUCCCUACAGUUGAAAAGAUGGAAGAGAUGGACAAAGUACUGGAUCGAAACAAUGGAGAAGUUGGGAAGUUGGUAAAAGUGAUUCAGAGAGGGAAAAAACUUGUUCUUGAGUGUUCUACGAUCAGGUGGUGGUAUGCUUGUUGGAGAAGGCCGAGGUAUGCAGACAAGCUUCUUGGACUGGAGAAGUCACUCAAGGCGUUCUGCCAGAUUGUUCUCCAGGUCGAGCAGUCGAGGGACACAAAAGAGACAUUGUUGGAAGUCAAAGAUAUGCACCAAAAAGUUAAGCGCCUGAUUCUGAAUGGAAAGAGUGGUGGUAUUAUCAAAAUGCCUGCUGUUUUGAGUGGCUUUCAUGUCCCUGAGGCAGUUGGCAACCCUGUUGGAUUGGAGGUUCCCUUGGGGGAACUGAAGAUGGAAGUUUUGAAGGAUGAAGCAUCCUUGGUCAUUCUGUCUGCUCCUCCUGGUUGUGGGAAGACUACGUUGGCUAAACUUUUCUGCAAUGAUGAGGAAGUUCAAGACAUAUUCAAGGGGAAUAUCUUCUUCGUCAUUUUGUCAAGGAAACCUACAAUUGAAGGCAUUGUUCAGAGACUGUUUCAGCAUCACGGUUAUAAAGUUCCGGACUUCCGAAGCGAAGAAGAUGCAGUGUUGCACGUGGAAAAAUUCCUGAAGAACAUAGGGCCUGAUCCUAUUUUGUUAGUUCUGGAUGACGUUUGGCCAGAUUCAGCUUCGCUUCUUGACAAUUUUCAGUUUCGGAUUCCUAGUUACAAGAUAUUGGUAACAUCAAGAUCAGUAUUUCCUCGAUAUGGCUCAACUUACAAGUUGAGUCCGUUGAACUAUAGCAAUUCCAGGACGCUUUUCUGCAACUCAGCAUUCCUUCCGGGCCAAGACUCUGUUAUUCCUGAUGAAGUUGUGAAUCGGAUCGUCAAAGGAUGUAAAGGAUUCCCAUUAGCCCUUAAAGUUGUUGGCAGAUCACUUUGUGGAGAGCCAGUUGAUAUCUGGAAAAAGAGAGAAGCGGAAUUAUCAAAAGUUGGUUCCAUUCUCGAGUACAGUGAUCUGCUCUUCUGUCUUCAAAGAAGUCUAGAUGCAUUAGACAACACUCCCAUUAUCAAGGAAUGUUUCAAAGACUUGGCUUCAUUCCCUGAAGACCAUUUGAUUCCUGCAACUGCCUUGAUUGAUAUGUGGGCUGAACUGUAUAAACUCGAUGACGAUGGUCUCCAAGCUGUUUCCAAUCUCCAUGAACUCUCAUCAAGAAACCUGGCUGAUCUUGUAGUAACAAGGGCCGACUCAAAUGGCUACAAUCAGCACUUUUUGACACAUCAUGAUCUUCUCAGAGAGCUAGCUAUCCACCAGACUAACUUGGAGACCUUUGAACAAAGGGAAAGACUCAUUCUUGAGGUAACUGCGAAUGAUGUUCCUGACUGGUGGGUGGAACAAAAGCAGCUUAGGUUUCACAGCCGUCUCAUGUCUAUCACCACAGAUGAAAGGUUCUCAAGAACCUGGUGCAACAUCCAAGCACCAAAUGUUGAAGUAUUAGUGUUGAAUUUUCGGACGAGAAGCUACACAUUACCCGAGUUCAUAGCAGGAAUGGAUAACCUAAAGGCUUUAGUUAUCACGAAUCACGGCAUUCUCCCAGCUGAACUGACAAACUUUCCACUUCUUAGUUCUCUUUCCAACCUGAAGAAGAUCAGACUAGAGAAAGUCUCAAUUCCACCAUGUGGGUUCACGUCGACACGGUUCGAGAAGCUUGAGAAGAUAAGUUUGGUCCUUUGCCAUAUUAGCCAGGCUUUGACUUCCUCAUCCAACCUUGUUAUAUCAGAAGCACUUCCAAAUCUGAUGGAGAUCAACAUUGACUACUGCAACGAUCUGGUAGAGUUGCCACCGGAGAUCGGUCAGCUUGCCGAGAUGAAAAGGCUAAGAAUCACUAAUUGCCACAACUUGACUGCACUGCCUAGAGAAAUCGGCGGGCUGGUGAAUUUAGAGGAAUUGAGAAUUAGUUCUUGCAUAGAAAUUGCUGAGCUGCCUGAUUCAAUUGGAAACCUUCACAAACUGAGCAGCCUGGAUAUCUCGGAAUGUGCAGAUAUCAAAAGACUGCCUGAACAGAUUAGGGAGCUGCAGAAUCUACGGAGGAUUCAGAUGAUGGGUUGCUCAAAAGACUUCGAGUUGCCAGAGUCGAUCUUGAAUCUCGAGCAUCUUGAGGAAGUGAAGUGUGAUGAAGAAACUGCAGGUGUAUGGCAACCUUUUGUCGGUUUUCUUGAGAAUUUGACCAUUAAGGUUAAUAAAGAAGACAUAAAUUUGAACUGGCUCAAUGGUGGUCGUUUCUGA